AUGUCAUGGCUCUCCUGGACGUCGCUGGUGCCCACGUUUCUCAUCCUCUCCGCUAGCCUCGCCUGGUGGUUCACCGAGCCCAAGACCGCCCGCAUCAACCUCAUUGCUGCGGCCGGCGCUGCGCUCUUUUGCUGGGCCGUCGCCCCCGAGCUGUGCCGCGAUCUCUCGUACUCGCUCUUCGCCCUCUCUGUCGACACACUUGCCGCCCUUCGCCUCGAUCUUGUCCUGCUGAGGAAUGCAAAGAUGUUGGUUACGGGAGUUGCUGUUGUGUGGCUGGUCCGACGAGCGUGGCAGACGCUUUGGAAACCCGUCCCCGAGCUGAUCAACAUUCUGGGUGUCGAUGUGCCCGAUCCGCCCGACGUGUCGCUUGCGGAGAUCCGGACCGACGCUGCUACUGUCAACUGGACGCGCGCGCCCGCAAACCGAUCCGUACAAAAGUUUUUGAUCCAAGUCAAUGGGGUGGUUGUGGGCGAUGUGGCCGCGAAUCAGGAGCCCGCCAUUGUGGUUAGCGGCCUCAAGCCGGACCACUUUUACAACGUGCGCGUCAUCGCCGUCGGCUCCAACAACUUCCAGGCUGGCAGUCGAGUUAUUCGACUGAGGACUUUCGGCCGCGAUGGACGUCCGCAGCUGGGGAACGCCCGACUGCCCUCCAAUUUUGUGCCCGAAGAGCCCCGAGGUUCCGCACCAAACGAUGCUGCCGACGAAUCCGGUGGCCCGCGCAGCCCAUUUCCGGCGCUGGAGGUACCCGCUGUCCAGGAGCCCCCCGCGUCGCCGGCGCGGGAUGUCGGUUCGACGGCUGGUCAGGGGCCACGGCGGAACACGGUGACACGACGACACUCGCCGUCCACCGCGAGCAUGGAGCAACCGAUACGGGAGGACACCACCAAUGCAGAUCCGAAACAAUCUCUACCAGUGUUGACGGAAAAGUUCGAGAGGAUCCGGCAGGAAACGGAGGACGUACUGGCAUUGAUUGCCAAGGAGGAGUGCGAGAACAAGUUAUUGAUGGAAGAGUUGGAAGCCGAGAAGCGGGAAAAGAGAAAGGAGCAGAAAAAGAAGGAAGAACAGACGGAACGGCUGAAGAAGGAUGUCCACGCGACCGAUCGAGCGAUGCGUAACGCCAUGCAGCGCAAGGCCCAGAAGGAAAAGGCGCUCAAGGAGAAACAGAACGAGCGCAACAAAUUUCACGAUAACAUUGGGAAAUGGGCCAAGGGCGUGGAGGACUUGCGCAAGGAACGAGAGAAUUUUAACCGGCAGAUGGCCGAGUUAGAGGUCGAGCGGGACAAGAAAGUGGAAGAGUCACAGGAAGAAAACGGUGAUUUACAGGCCGAGUGCUCUCGAUUAGAGGCGGAAUUGAAGGAGAGGAGGGAGCAGGUGAAGGACCUGGAAGAGGCCCGGAAACAGCUUCCGGGCGGGGACGAGGACGGUGAAUGGCGUGAGAAGAUUGUUGAAGAGCGGCGAGAGUGGUACCGAUCUGGCACGGGUCGGGACCUACAGGAGACGUCCAAUCUGGAGACUAAGCGCGGCAGAGCCUUGGACGAGCAGAUUCGAGCACUCAGCAUCCAGGUGCAACACAUCCCGCAGACCAAUUUCGGUCUUUACAACCACCCGAAUCCGUCUGGAAUGGAGUUUGAUCACACAGCGACCGGGCACAUGGGCCGACGGGCCCGGGCGGGUACUUCAAUAUCAAACGUCCAGAUCCCCACGACGCUCGGCCCUUUCCCCCAGAUCGACCAGACCAUCGCAGCACCGCCGGGCUAUGCCAGCUCGCGGUCCGCGGGCGCGCCACCCGGGUUUGCGCCGGGACCUUUCAUCGACCAUUCCGCCAACAUGGGCCGCUCGGACGAGUCGAGCAAUAGGACGGCCCCGCUCAGCCCGUCGGCUGCCGCACUUCUGCCGUCUAACCUCAUGGCAGAUAUCGACGACGAUGACCCGAGCCCGGUCUCCCGGUUUGCGCCCGAGUACUUUCCUCCGCACCGGGCCUCGCCCGAAGACGCGCCGUUGUCACCUGCGUCGUCCGGGAAAUCCUACAGCAUCUUUACGAGCCCCCACGGCUCGUCGAGCAACCUCCCCUUUCCCCCCUUCCAGAAUGACAUGUCCGACCGGAUGUCGCUCAAUGCGGCCGCCACGGCGCCUUCCCCCGUCUCCACAGAACCCCCGCCUAAUAAGCUGAGCGGUUUCUUUCCCUUCCAACGGUCCCGGCAUGCGAAAGCAGGCGAGCACGAUACCCUUCAGGGCCUACCCUUUGGCAGCCUCAAGUCAGGGCAAAGCCACUCCUUCCCGAGGCAAGAGGACGACCUGGACGGGCUGGUCAACAAGAGACGCAGCUGGGGCGUGUUCAACCGCAACUCGGUGGGACACGAGAUGGAGGCCCACGCGCCGCACUCUCGCAUGUUUUCUCGAAGCCUCAAUCCGUUCUCUAGCUCUCACCGGGGCCCGCCCGGCGGUGCGUUCCCAGAAAGGGACAAAAGCAGCCCGCGGCCGGAGAGUAUCGCGUCUGCUGAACUGCCCCGGCCCUCGACUGACUCGGGGUCGAUCUGGGGCCUGCAGCCAGGCGACGUCGCAACGCUGGGGAAACCCAGCCGUCUGUGGUCGCCCGAUGCGUGGUCCAGGAAUGCGUCUAGGCGCCAGUCCAUGCAUGGGUCACCGUCGGCGCUGAAGACAACGCUCGCGUCUGCGGACGAUGAGAUUCUCGGCGAGGAAAUGCUGCCGAAUGUUAACGAAGUAGGCGUCAUUGGCAGCCGACCGCCGAUGCACUCCUCUCAAGUCCCGAAGCUGAACCCGAAUGCGCCGGCUUUUAACAUCGCCGCGCUCUUCAAAUCCAAGCCGGAUAAGGAAAAGGAGAAGGAGAAGAAGGACAAGGCGAAGCCGGGGAAGGAUGCCAAGGACAAAUCGUCGAAGAACAAGGAGGCAUCCGGUACCACGCCCGAAGGGCUACAGAUCCCAACAGUCGAACUCGAGUCCCCCUCCGAGUCACGACUAUCGCGCGACGGCUACUCAGUCCACACGCAAACAUCAGUCUCCGAAUCGCGCGACUCGCUCUCGCUUGACCAAUCCUUCUCCAACACCCCUUCAGAACCCGCCAGCGCGGGCCUAUCAAGCAGCUUCAAAGACGACAAUGUCGUGCGCAAGCUGUUCCGCAAGGGCAGCUCCAGCAAGUUCAGCAUUGCCGGUAGGCUCGGCGGUAAAGAGUCAGGCCUCUUUAAGAAAGGUCCCAGCAGCACGGCCAGCGGCGGCGCGGCGUCGGAUAAAGGCACCUCCAUGGAGCAGCGCUCGAGUAUCGGCGAUUUCGAAGAUAUCGCUGCGGACGAGGCGCUCCAUCACCUAGCGGGCCCGGCGGCGUUUUUGGGCCGCGGCUGCGAUAGCAUUACUAGCAGUCCUGGUCUCCCGCCGGCGGGCUCGACUAAGGGCGGCAAGGAGGGCAAGACAGCGGCGCGAUGGCUGAGCAACUUUGGUAAGAAGGGCAAGAAGGAGAAGGAGAGUCUGGAUUUGGACCGGGCGCAGUUUGCUGAGCAGGCGGGGGAGAUUGCGGAGGAUGGACACCAGCACAGGAUUUAG